AUGGAUCUCGCGUACUUGAAAUGUCUUGGAAAUUUGACCAUCGGUAUGAAAACAUUAUCAGGAAUUAGUCAGGUAUGAAUUGACUAGAAAUUAAAGGAUAUAUAAGCACAGUAGAAUGACCCCACAGACAACAGUUUAAUACUGCAGCAAGCACAAACUAUUAUUACAAUAUUUUUGUAUUUAUAAGUUCCGGAAUGGAAGUUUCGUCUUGUUAAAUAAUAAAUAAAUAGUCCACGUGAAACCGUAAAGUAUAAAUUUUAAUUAUACCUUUACAAGGUAACAACGUUAUCUAAGUGCAUGGCAAGCACACUGGCAUUCCUGUGAGACUUUGUUCGUACACAGUCAUCGAGAAUUCUCAGGACAGGUUUGCCAGGUUGCUGGAAAUUAGCAACCCAGCUGAGUCGAGUCUGCUUUAGAAAAGCAGAUCGUUCAAAAUUUGGUUCUGUCACCCUUAACGAGCUAAUUUUUCGUAAACAGUACUGA